AUGGAAGAUGUCCAUUUCAAGUCUAGGACCGGGCGAGAAAUUCUGAAAAGGGUUCAUCUCGAUAUCCCAGCCGCCAGUCUUACCAUGAUACACGGCACGGUGGGCAGCGGAAAGUCCAUUUUUCUUCAGCUCCUUCUCGGUGUAAUCAAGCCUAGCAAAGGCAAUGUCUCGGUCCUAUCAAAGGAAAUCUCAUUAGCCGCGCAAAAACCCUGGAUUCAGAACCAAACUAUCCGUGAGAAUGUCAUCGGCCUGAGCCCUGUCGACGAAUUUCUCAGCAAAGAAAUUAUAUAUGGCUGUGCCCUGGGUGUAGAUAUAUUAGAGUUCCCUUCUGGUGAUCAGAAGAUGGCCGGGACGGAUGGAUGCAACCUCAGCGGUCGCCAAAAGCAACGCUUGGGUCUUGCGCGUUCGUUAUACCUUGACUUGUCGAUUAUCAUUCUAGAUGAUGUUUUGAGCGCUUUCGACACGCCGACGGCUGCAGCUAUCUUUAGCCGCCUGCUUGGCCCAGACGGCAUUCUUCGUCGUUGUGGCACCACGUGGACCUUCUUCCAGAAGCAGCGCGGGGCAGACUUGCUUUCUCUACCCGAAAAUGGGGCUGCUCCUACAGCCUCCAUAUCUAAUGGCGAUGCUGCACACUUUCACGGAAGUGAAGAAGGCCAAGCACCUGUCAAGUCGAAGACUGCAUCACCAGGUUCAGCGGUGGAAAAGUCGAGGCGAAAUGGCAAUCUUUCACUCUAUGCUUACUUGUUUCGAUCAGCCGGACCGAUAAUGCUAUCCGCCUGGAUUUUCAGCACUGCGUUCGCCUCCGUGGGGGAGAAGGUACCAAAGAUCUUUGUCAAGAUCUCGUACAGCGAGGCCCCGGACAACGACACCUACUUUGCCGGAUUUGCAGUGACGGCUUUCGCAAGCAUAAUUAUCACUGCGGCAACUGCCCUGUCUUAUUUUGCCCUUAUUGUUCCCAACCUUUCCAACGAACUCCACUGGAGACUCUUGGAGCUGCUGUCGGGUCUACAUUGUCCUAGAUUACUCAAACCGACACUGGCAACUCUCUGA